AAUGACAACAACAAUAAGCAAACAUGAUUUACAACUACAACAGCAGUUGCAGCUGCAACAACAGCAUCAACAACAACAACAACAACAGCAAGUGUUACUACUACAUCAGCAAGAGCAUCCACAGCAGCAGCUGCAUGUGCAUUAUACAGACCAACAACAAACACCACAACAACAACAGCUUUCUUCAAUUUUAUCAAAACCUACAACCAAUAAAAGUUUGUUAUUCAAUAUUACCGUUAGUAGUUUAGUAGAUAACACCAUAAAUAUUUACGAUUUAGACGCCGCGACGUUAGCAGUGACAGCAGUGCCAGCAGCGCCAGCAAACACCACAAUGACAACAACAACAGUAGAAGCAAAAACAACUACUCACUUAGAUAGUGCAACCGCAAUUAUACAAAUAGAUUCGAUAAACAACAACAACCCAACUAGUUUAAGUGCCCUCGCAACGGCCACAACGCCGACCAACAACAACGGUACGGUGAUAAUCGCCAGCGACUCGACCGAUUCAGAGCCAAAAACUCAAAAGCGUCGCUCCCUACUCAACUUCAAAUCCUUCGAUUUCCACAUCAAAUCGCUUUACUCGGGCUUGCGUAACGGUAAUAAACACUCGCACUCACAAUCAUCUUCGCUUGGUGGCGGCGGCGGUGGCGGUAGUGGCGGUAGCAGAAGCGGUGGAGGGGGGAUACGCAUUGACGGCACUACGGAUAAUGCCAAUGGCAGCGGUCUACUCGCCGACACACCGCCCGGUAACCGAGGUGGCACCACUGUCAACAAUCGUAUGCCACCCUAUCUCAAGAUCGAAUCGGUCGAUGCUGAAGAAGCGGAAAAUCUGCUGCUCGACUAUCCACAAUCACCAUACUCGUCGCGUCGUAAUAGCUCACACGAAGACGAUAAUCGCUCUAGCUCGCAGCUGUUGCACAUCAAUCGCUACGAUAUGUGUUCGCGUUCGCAAGCCAGCUCGCCGUCGCCGUACUACCUGUCGCCGUAUGCCGUCGAUUCAGGCAACAUGCGACGCUCCUCUACGUCGGACAUUAUGUCGUGCAAGCGCAGCGGUACGUCCAGCACGAGCGAUAGCCGCCGGCCGAGCACGAGCGAUCUGCUGCGGAAAGCGCGUGAACGGCGUGGUAGUGAGGCGCGAAUGGGUCGCAGCGUUUCGCAUAGUGGACUGCCGCGGGGUGGGCCGCGAUUAGGGUCGGGUGGCGGCGGCGGCGGUGGUCGGCGUACGAGUAUGGCAUUUUAAAAACGGCGGAUAGAGCAUGAAGAGAAGUUAUAGGGGGAAAAUUUAAGAAUAAGGGUCAAAGAUAAAGGAAAAAAAAUGAAUAAAUAAAUUAAAAGAACACAGAAAUUACAAUUGGAUGUGCUCUCAAGCGAGGUUGAUCAAAUCGAGUUAUAUGUAUGUAUUGUUGAUGCUCUACAUCGUUAUGCAAUUAAGUGCUUAUGAAUUUUUAAAAAUUUAAUUAGAAAAUUUAAUAUUAUCGAAACUGGUUAAUAGUCAAGUAUUUAUAAAAAUAGCUUACAUAUUUAUUAAAUAAAAAUUGAGGCUUGAAUGAAUUAAUAACGAAACUUAACGAAAAAAAAAAAUAAAUAUAAUAAAGAAUAGAUAAAAUAUAAAAAAUAUGAAGGACAGAUAUUUCAUUAAAAAUCUGGCACAACUAAAGAUAUAGUAAAUACCUUGGAAUCAAGAUUUGGAAUAUAUUUUCUUAGUACCUCUUGGUCGGAUCACUUCAUUACAUUUGCAUCUUAUUCACAUUUAUAAUUUUUGAUUUUAUAUUAUUUUGCUAAAUUUUUUUAUCUUCAUAUAAAAACUCAUUCAAAUCUCAUUCAUCUUAGACAUUAAAAAAUACUCUCUGCCAGCACAGUUUUGAGCUAAAGAUCCUGUUAGACAUAACUUAAUAUACGUAACUGAACUUAACUUACCGUAAGAAAUUAGCAACGGUUUUUCCAAAGGUCAAAUUUUUAUUGGCAGCUGAUUUUUUUGUUGUUCAUCGCCCACAAUCUGGUUUUAGAAAUACUUUGUUUUGUGUUUUUUCUAGCUGUUUGACAGCUCGCCGUCGAUGAUUUAGUGUAAAAUAAAUUCGUUUGAUAUUGAUAUUUUUUCAUAAGUUUUUUUAGGCUUAUAAACAAACAACUGUUGCGUCCACGCUGGUGAAAGCACCCUUCUCAAUUUACGUUAGACCGCUUAGUAAUCUAAAAUCGAUAGGCUCUUUAGUUUUUCACGGUAAGUUGAGUUUUGACUAAUCGAUUAGACAGCUGUCAAGAAGGUUGCCAAAGCAAUUCAGUUCUGAGUAUGCACUAUGAUCAAAAAGUACCGGGAAUGUUUAAUUGACUGUUUUCUUCAAUUGCCAAGGCGUAGAGCACCAUUAGUCUCUUCCCUCGGGCCAGACACUCAAUAAAGAAAAUUAUUUAUACAUUUUGAAGCGUUUGAGAGAUGCUGUACGUUGCAAACGGUCGGAAAUGUGGGCAAACAAUUCUUGGAUUUUGCAUGAUGAUAACGCGCCAUCGCACCGAGCCCAAAUUGUGACUUUAUUUUUCUCACCCUUCUUUUGAUUGGUUUUGGGAAUACACAAAAACUGAGUAGAGCUAGAACUCCAUACUACGCGUUCCAGGCAAUAUGACUUUGAGCGAAAUGGCUUUUUAGCAAAUUUUAAAGCUGAAUAAACCGCUGAAAUCCAAGGCGCCUGGAACGCCCGUUUUGGAGAUCUAACUAACAGGUAACAACUAAAAACUUAGGAAAAUGUGUUACAUUGAAGCGGCAACAAUAACAUUCAUAACGAAAUUUCUAAAAUCGUCAAACUCUGCAUCUUCUAAAUCUGCAAUUCUUGUUAUUAUUGAGAUUUUUUUGUAUGUAUUGAGGUUAUGUUUACAAUAUUUUAUGGGAAAAUUUAUGAAUAAUUUUU